CUUCUGUUCUUCCCCCCGCAGCGCAGCCACGGCUGAGGCGGAGAGGCUGAGCUUGGCGGGGGCGUCCAAGCAAAGGGCAAAGCAAGCUGGCGCACAGCCUCAUCUCUGAGUCGCACAUCUGCCCGACCUGGUUGUCGGGGGGAUCUCCGCUCUGCUCCGCAUCGACAAGGCAGGGGCUUUCCUCCUCCUCUUCGUCCUCGCCCCAAUUUGGGGGGCCAACCCCAACAGGAGCCCCCUCCCUUCCCAAGAGAACCUUGCAGCAGGAGCCCAAGAAGGAACUGUUGACAAUUAAGAGAUGAAACUCUUCAGAACAUGGAGGUAGAGAAAGACUCUGGAAGGAGAUUGCGAUCCAUCGGCCGAAGGCUCUACGACGAGAACGAGGACCUGUCCGACGUGGAAGAGAUCGUCAGCAUCCGCGGCUUCAACUUGGAGGAGAAGCUGAGGAGCAAAAUGUAUCGCGGGGAUUUCGUGCGGCCCAUGGACGGGAAAGAUUUCACUUUUGAGUACGUGCAACGCGAAGCCCUUAGAGCCCCCCUCAUCUUCAGAAGUAAGGAUGGACUGGGAAUUAAGAUGCCAGACCCAGACUUCACCGUGCGGGACGUCAAGGUCCUUGUGGGGAGCCGCCGGAUCGUGGACGUGAUGGACGUGAACACACAAAAGGGCAUUGAGAUGAGCAUGUCACAGUUUGUGCGGUACUACGAGACGCCGGAGGCCGAGCGCAAGAAGCUGUACAAUGUCAUCAGCUUGGAGUUCAGCCACACAAAGUUGGCCAACAUAGUCAAGCGCCCCACAGUGGUGGACCUGGUUGACUGGGUGGACAAUAUGUGGCCCCGGCAUCUGAAGGAGCGGCAGACGGAUGCCACCAACGCCAUUUCGGAGAUGAAGUACCCAAAAGUGAAGAAGUACUGUCUGAUGAGUGUGAAAGGUUGCUUCACAGAUUUCCACAUUGAUUUCGGGGGUACUUCAGUUUGGUAUCACGUUUUCCGCGGAGGGAAGAUCUUCUGGUUGAUUCCUCCAACUUCUCAGAACCUAGAACUGUAUGAGGAAUGGGUUCUCUCGGGGAAGCAAAGUGACGUCUUCCUGGGGGACAGGGUGGACCUGUGCCAAAGGAUUGAGCUGAAACAAGGGAACACCUUCUUCAUUCCCUCAGGGUGGAUACAUGCUGUUUAUACUCCAGUGGAUUCCCUGGUGUUUGGUGGAAAUAUCCUGCAUAGCUUUAACGUUCCCAUGCAGCUUCGCAUCUACGAGAUUGAGGACAGAACGCGGGUGCAGGCCAAGUUCCGUUACCCUUUCUACUAUGAGAUGUGUUGGUAUGUUCUGGAGAGAUACGUGUUUUGCGUGACCCGGCGCUCCCACCUCAGCAAAGAGUACCUGAAAGAAUCGAUGUUAAUUGAUACCACAAGGAAACGCAGCUUAGACAGCUUUUCAUCAGACUCCUGGAUAGACAUGGAUGAAGAAUUGUGUGACCUUUCUACCCGGGAGGAGAAGGAUGAUAACUUGGAAAAGCUCCCCAAGGCCGCAGCUGACGGAUCAUCUUCUCCUAACAGCAUGCAUUCAGAAGGGAAGGAGAUUCCGGGGAAGAAGCAGAAACCCACGAUGCCCCGAUAUCUCAAAAGGACCUUGUCCAACGAGUCGGACGACAGUGUAAAGUCCACCCCGGCAGACUUUCCCAGAACUCCCACGGGGUCACCAGCCACAGAAGUGUCAGCCAAGUGGACUCACCUGACAGAGUUUGAGCUGAAGGGUUUGAAAGCCCUUGUCGAAAAACUUGAAUCUCUUCCAGAGAACAAGAAAUGCAUCCCCGAAGGCAUUGAGGAUCCCCAGACUCUGCUGGAAGAUAUGAAGAACAUCCUGAAGGAACAUGCGGAUGAUGACCAGACGCUCGCCAUUUCUGGGGUCCCGGUGGUAUCCUGGCCUAAGAAAAACUCCAAGAACCGGGCAGUCGGGAGACCGAAAGGGAAAUUGGGCCCCGCCUCGGCCGUGAAGCUCGCCGCGAACCGGACGACGGCAGGAGCCCGCCGGAGGAGGACACGAUGUCGCAAGUGCGAGGCCUGCCUGCGUACCGAGUGUGGCGAGUGCCAUUUCUGCAAGGACAUGAAGAAGUUUGGCGGGCCCGGCAGGAUGAAGCAGUCGUGCAUUAUGAGGCAGUGCAUCGCGCCGGUGCUGCCACACACAGCCGUGUGUCUGGUGUGCGGGGAAGCAGGCAAGGAAGACACGGUGGAAGAGGAGGGUAGCAAAUUCAACCUCAUGCUCAUGGAGUGCUCCAUCUGCAACGAAAUCAUACACCCUGGAUGCCUUAAGGUGCGGGAAUCCGACGGCGUGGUCAACGAAGAGCUUCCAAACUGCUGGGAAUGCCCCAAGUGCAACCACGCGGGCAAAACUGGAAAAGCGUACAAGCAAAAGCGCGGACCAGGGUUCAAGUACGCAUCAAACCUCCCCGGCUCCCUACUCAAAGAGCAGAAGAUCAACCGAGAAAACAAGGAGGCUGUCCCAGAGGCCACCAAGCGGAAAGUGGAGUGCGAGGAGCCCCCUCGGAAGAAGCUGGACGAGCGCCCCCAGAAGCCCCCCCUCGACCCUCUUUUGCGGAGGAAGUCUGAGGAAGCGCACCUGCGGCGGAAAAGGAAAUUUGAAAAGCCCCAGGAGCCCACCAUGAGGAAGCGGCUAAAACUGGGCAAAGAAGAGAAACUGUUCAGGAAAAAGAGGCGAUCAUGGAAAGCCGCGGACGACCGAACCCCACUGCUCAAGCCCCUGCGGCGUUUCAAGCAGGAGAUUGAGGAGGAUCUCCCAGAAGAGCCGCCGAAAAGCAAAGAGAGCGACCAGUCUCGUUCCAGCUCCCCAACAGCAGGACCCAGCUCAGAGGGGGCCGAGGCCCGAGAGAAGAAGUUGUUCAAGAUCCGACGGAAAGCCCGCCUCCCAAAUAAGGAACUGAGCAAGGAGCUCAGCAAGGAGCUCAACCAGGAAAUCCAGAAGACGGAGAACAGCCUGGCCAACGAGAACCACCAGCCCAUCAAGUCCGAGCCCGAGAGCGAGAACGAGGCGCCCAAGCGCCUGCUCGACUCCGAGCGGCCGCACCGCUGCAGCAAGAGCUUGAACGGGACUCCCAGGGAGCUCCGGCACCAGCUUCUGUCCAGCCUGCGCAGCAGCGGCAGCGGCACCCCCCCCAAGGCUGUCUCCCGGCCACCCCCUUCCCUCUCGCCCCCCAAGUGUGUCCAGAUGGAGCGCCACAUCAUCAGGCCGCCCCCCAUCAGCCCCCCUCCCGACUCGCUGCCCCUGGACGACGGGGCGGCCCACGUGAUGCAGAGGGAGGUCUGGAUGGCUGUCUUCCGCCACCUCAGCCACAGCGAGCUCUGUGUCUGCAUGAGAGUUUGCCGGACCUGGAACAGGUGGUGCUGUGACAAAAGACUGUGGACCAAGAUAGACCUAAACCAUUGUAAAUCCAUCACCCCCCUCAUGCUCAGUGGCAUUAUUAGGCGACAGCCCGUCACCCUUGAUCUGAGCUGGACAAACAUAUCCAAAAAGCAGCUGAGCUGGCUCAUCAACAGACUCCCAGGUCUCAGAGAUCUGCUCUUGUCGGGGUGUUCCUGGAUCGCAGUGUCUGCGCUCUGCAGUUCCAGCUGCCCCCUUCUCCGGACACUGGAUGCGCAGUGGGUGGAAGGCUUGAAGGAUGCACAGAUGAGAGACCUCCUGUCACCACCAACCGACAACAGGCCAGGCCAAAUUGACAACCGGAGCAAACUGCGCAACAUCACAGAGCUCCGCCUGUCAGGCUUGGAUAUCACAGAUGCUUCCUUGCGCCUGAUUAUCAGGCACAUGCCCCUCCUGUCCAAGCUCAACCUCAGCUAUUGCAACCACAUGACGGAUCAGUCCAUUAACCUGCUCACAGCCGUGGGGACCACCACACGGGAUUCUCUGACGGAAGUGAUUUUGCAAGACUGCAAUAAGGUGACAGACCAGUGUCUCUCCUACUUCAAGCGCUGUGGAAGCAUAUGCCGGAUCAAUCUACGGUACUGCAAGCAAGUAACCAAGGAAGGGUGUGAACAGUUCAUAGCGGAGAUGUCUGUGAGUGUCCAGUUUAGUCAAGUGGAAGAGAAAUUGCUGCAAAAGUUGAGUUAGUGUUUACAAGAGAAAUUUUGUAAAUAGCUGUGAAGUGGAAACGGGGCUCCAGAAGCUUACAGAAGGAAUUUCACUUUGGAGAUGCUGAAAAUGCCAAGGGUUGGUGGUUUGGAUUGUACAGGUAUGUAUGAUGUUCAAACCACCCACAAACUCUUUCAGCCUGGGUGGGAUCACGAUACUCCAUCCAGCUCCUUCAUGUACCUUCCUGUGGUGACAGCAAAGGAUUGUUCAUGCCCAGAGGAAGACGGGGGUACAUUUAUUUAAAUGCCACAGCUGGGGCAGGUGUAAAUUCUUCAAGCAUUUUUGCAGGUAUCAAAGCAAUGUUAAUUCUUGUGUCAUUAAGGUGGGUCAUGCCCUGCGUUUCUGCCUUUUGAACAUUUUUUGUUACAUCCUACAUUAUGCAGAACUAUUUUUGUACAAAUUUGUUUAAAAUUAUUUAUGCAGAGUU